GUGCAUAUCGUUAAAGUAAGACCAACAUCACCUCCCAUCAAUUGAGAUGGGAUCGGCAAACCACUGAAUCGCAACAAACUGUCUUCGAAUUGCUGGGAUAGGCUAUAAAAGAUCUGGGGUUGCCCUCUUUUCAGUCAUUACCGUGUGUAUCGGGAUAUCAAACGGAACUACUAUCGUGAUUCGCGCGUGUGUCAUACAAUUGCUGAAUUGAAUAGCAGAGCACGUGAAGGCUGAUGACUUUUGUAGUGAUGGAAUGAAGUGUAAAGCGAAACAUACGGCAAGGAUCGAUAGUGAUUAAACACAACCGAAAAUUCAAAAUUUCGAGUUCGACUAAAUACUUCGCCAGUGUUUAGAACAUGUCGUACAUCGGGAACGCGUCAGACGUGGAACAGGAGAAAAACCUUACUGAGUAUCGGCGUCAGCGCAGCUCCAGCAACCUGAUGUCCGAGGGAUCAAAAUCCGUACGCAGCCCUAAGCUAUCCGAUGUGCUGUGGAACGACAAACGAACCAAUCAGGGUAACCAGACCGAUGAUGACGAUUCGGAGGUAUCGGAUAGUGAAAACUUCUUGGCCAAAGGGGCUUUCCUCCUAACGCCAUCGCACGAACUUUCGAUGGAUCGAGCAGCGCUUAUAUGUGAAAAGAUGAAUUUCAAAGGUUGUUUUAGUCUAACAAAAACGGCCACUGGAAUACUGUUCAAAUUUUCUAAUCCAGAAGACUACCAGGCCGUGUUUAAAAAGGGCUUCCAUAAGGUGACGGGCGCCCGUUUCUACAAGAAGGUUGCCAUUCCUUGUCGACCUCAAAAAACCUUUAUGUUGUACGUGUUUGACGUACCGGAUGAUGUGCCCGUGGAGGACAUUCGCCACUCACUGUACCGGUUCAGUUCGGUGGUGGAGGUUGUUCGACUAGUGGUGCACUAUCAGAAGCAGUCGAAUACCCAGGAAUCGGAGCAGAGCCAACCGGGAACUGCCACACCGAAGCCCCAAUUGCCUAAACUGCCCACACCGAAGCCAAUCGAUGAACAGGAUGUCGCUCUGCAACGCGAAUCCCCGCCACCACCUAUUCGGAUUACGUUGGCCUCCAUCGACGAAUACCAUCAUCUGUUACAGAACGGACUGGAUUUCUACGGUGCCACUUUCUUUCCGACGGAGCCUACUCUGCCAGCACAGGCCGCCAAAAUUGCCACAAAGAAAGGAAGUCGCAUGAUCGACGGCAGCAUACCAGGGCGUGUUCGCGAAUUGCUUCCGGUAUUUGACGCCGCCGGUUUCAGCAAGAUUCCUCCGCCGGCUUCCAAGACGAUCAAACCGCGCCCAUAAAAAUGACAAAUCAUAAACGAUCGUUGUAGAAGUAUGAAUAAGCAAAUCGUAACAGAUUAAUCGAACUAUAUUCUACUGCUGGGUUCGAAUGGUUUCAUUGUUAUAAAAGUAUGCUACGCUUGAUUAGUUCCGUCCAUGCGAAUAGGAAGAAACCACCAAGAAUGAAUGAGUAUCAUGAUAUCUUGACUAUUUAUCACAACACUUUUUCGUACAUUUUUGCUUUUAAGUUUAACUUGCAGAUUUUGACAACAACUGAUAUAAAAAGAAUAAUAGCAUCACACAUACCUAUAUAACAUAGUUUAUUCAAUUAAGCAAUUCGACAGUUCCUCUUCUUUAAGUGUGAAUAGUUAUUAGUUUCGAAAGCUUUUUUACUAUCUAUGUUGGUUUAUGAAAUAUGUUACUUAUUAUGGGUUAUAAUAAAAUUAGUUUUUUUAUUUAUCAGUUAAUUGAACACCGUUCUGAUGAUUUUAUUAUGCAAACG